CCGCGAUUGCUUAUAGUGUUCAUAGCUGUCAUUUCCAUCCAGGACACAGAGGGCAACACGGCAGAGGUGGAGCCGCUGGAUUAGCGUCAUAUUCCGUGCUUCCAAUCUACAAACAACCGGAUAUUAAAAGUCAGGAAAGAAAGACAGUUGACAAGUUGAAAGCUAGGACCCUCUGGAGAUUGGUUUCCUGUGGAUCGUUUGACUGCUGUGUUUGAAGUAGAAGGAGUCUCCAUUCUGCUCCUAGUGGUCGUUGUGUGGAGCUGGGCGAGUUGUGUGUGCUAAAGGACUGCAAUGCACCGCUUAAGGACUUGUGCUGCACGGCUGCGGCCGCUAACGGCCUCUCAGACUGCUCAGAACUUUUCACAGCAGAGGCCCGCGGCCGUACCAAGGACGUUUCAGCCAGUCAGGUGUUACACUGCACCUGUGGCUGCAGAGCCUUUCCUCAAUGGAACAAGCUCCAAUUACGUGGAGGAGAUGUACUAUGCAUGGCUAGAAAAUCCCAAGAGUGUUCAUAAGUCUUGGGAUGUUUUCUUUCGCAAUGCCAAUGCGGGCGCUCCUCCGGGCAUGGCCCACCAGAGGCCCCUGAGCCUGGCCACGCUUCCCCAAGCCCAGUCUCUGGUCGGGGCUCAGCCUGACGUGGAGAAGCUGGUGGAGGAUCACCUGGCUGUGCAGUCCCUCAUUCGUGCCUACCAGAUCCGUGGGCACCAUGUUGCUCAACUGGACCCUCUGGGGAUUAUGGAUGCAGAUCUGGACUCUCACAUCCCCAAUGACAUUAUAACAUCCUCGGAUAAACUCGAUCUGGCUAUGUUCAAGGACCGUCUCAGUAUUCUAACAGUUGGAGAAUCUGAUUGUGUGUCACAUUUUAGAGCUGACAAACAUUGGGAGAGUGGCUUCUAUGGACUGGACGAAUCAGACUUGGACAAAGUGUUCCGCCUGCCCACCACCACCUUCAUCGGGGGCACGGAGACUGCUUUGCCCCUGAGGGAAAUCAUCCGCCGCCUGGAGAUGUCCUACUGCCAGCACAUUGGGGUUGAAUUCAUGUUCAUCAAUGACCUGGACCAGUGUCAAUGGAUCAGGGAGAAGUUUGAGAAGCCUGGUGCCAUGAAGUUUACCCUGGAGGAGAAGAGGACCCUGCUGGCCCGCAUGGUCCGCUCCACCAGGUUCGAGGAGUUCCUUCAGCGGAAAUGGUCUUCAGAGAAGCGCUUCGGCCUGGAGGGAUGCGAGUCUCUCAUCCCCGCCCUGAAGACCAUCAUCGACAAGUCCAGUGAGAAGGGCGUGGAGAACGUGGUCAUUGGCAUGCCCCACAGGGGUCGUCUGAACGUGCUGGCCAACGUCAUUCGCAAGGAAUUGGAGCAGAUCUUCUGCCAGUUUGACUCCAAGCUGGAGGCUGCUGACGAGGGCUCCGGGGAUGUCAAGUACCACCUGGGGAUGUACCACAGGAGGAUUAACCGUGUGACGGACCGGAACAUCACCCUGUCUCUCAUGGCCAACCCCUCCCACCUGGAGGCCGUGGACCCAGUGGUGCAGGGCAAGACCAAGGCCGAGCAGUUCUACUGCGGAGACACAGAGGGACACAAGGUGAUGUCCAUCCUGAUGCACGGUGACGCUGCCUUCGCUGGCCAGGGCGUCGUGUACGAGACCUUCCAUCUCAGCGACCUGCCUUCCUACUCCACCCACGGCACAGUGCAUGUGGUCGUCAAUAACCAGAUUGGCUUCACCACCGACCCCCGUAUGGCUCGCUCCUCCCCCUACCCCACAGAUGUGGCCCGGGUGGUCAACGCUCCCAUCUUCCACGUGAACGCCGACGACCCAGAGGCCGUGGUCUACGUGUGCAAUGUGGCAGCCGAGUGGAGGGCAACCUUCCACAAGGACGUGGUGGUCGACCUGGUGUGCUACCGGCGGCUGGGCCACAACGAGAUGGACGAGCCCAUGUUCACCCAGCCCCUGAUGUACAAGCAGAUCAAGAAACAGAAAGGAGUGAUGCAGAAGUACGGCGAGAAACUCAUCGCAGAGGGCGCCGUCACGAGGCAGGAAUAUGAGGAAGAGAUAGCCAAGUACGAUAAGAUCUGCGAAGAGGCGCACGUUCGCUCCAAGGAUGAGAAGAUCCUCCACAUCAAGCACUGGCUGGACUCCCCCUGGCCUGGUUUUUUCAACCUGGAUGGCCAGCCCAAGAGCAUGACCUGCCCGUCCACCGGCCUGACUGAGGAGGAGCUGACUCACAUCGGACAGGUGGCCUCCUCGGUGCCAGUGGAAGACUUCACCAUUCACGGAGGUCUGAGCCGUAUUCUGAAGGCCCGGGGGGAGAUGAUCAAGAACCGCAUGGUGGACUGGGCCCUGGGGGAGUACAUGGCCUUCGGCUCGCUGCUCAAGGAGGGCAUCCAUGUUCGCCUCAGCGGCCAGGAUGUGGAGAGAGGCACAUUCAGUCACCGCCACCACGUGCUGCACGACCAGAACGUGGACAAGAGGGUCUGCAUCCCCAUGAAUCACGUGGCCCCCAAUCAAGCCCCAUACACCGUCUGCAACAGCUCCCUGUCGGAGUACGGCGUGCUGGGUUUUGAGCUGGGCUUCGCCAUGGCCAGUCCCAACGCCCUGGUGCUGUGGGAGGCCCAGUUCGGAGACUUCCAUAACACUGCCCAGUGCAUCAUUGACCAGUUCAUCUGCCCCGGCCAGGCGAAGUGGGUCCGUCAGAAUGGCAUCGUCCUACUGCUGCCCCAUGGCAUGGAAGGCAUGGGUCCAGAACACUCCUCUGCCCGCCCAGAGAGGUUCCUCCAGAUGUGCAACGAUGAUCCGGACGUGUUCCCAAACAUCACAGACGACUUUGCCAUUCGCCAGCUCCACGACUGCAACUGGAUUGUGGUCAACUGCUCCAACCCUGCCAACUUUUUCCACGUGUUGAGGAGGCAGAUUCUGGCGCCAUUCAGGAAGCCUCUCAUCGUUUUCACCCCCAAAUCCCUGCUGCGCCACCCUGAGGCUCGGUCCAACUUUGACGAGAUGCUGCCAGGCACAGAAUUCCAGCGCCUGAUACCGGAGAAGGGCCCUGCGGCCAACAACCCAUCCGGAGUGAAGCGUGUCAUCUUCUGUACCGGAAAGGUGUACUACGAGCUGACCAAGGAACGUAGCGCACGAGGCAUGGAGGACACAGUGGCCAUCACCCGUAUGGAGCAGCUGUCCCCAUUCCCCUUCGACCUGGUGAAGGCGGAGAGCGAGAAGUACCCAGAUGCUGACCUGGUUUGGUGCCAGGAGGAGCACAAGAACCAGGGCUACUAUGACUAUGUCAAGCCCCGCAUCCGCACCACCAUCCACCGCGCCAAGCCAGUCUGGUACGCCGGCCGCCCACCUGCUGCCGCCCCAGCUACGGGGAACAAGAAGGCCCACCUGGUGGAGCUCAAGAACUUCCUGGACAAUGCCUUCAAUCUGGACGCCGUCAAGGACCAGGUCUAACUCCUCUCUCCUCCCGCUCGCCCCGGCCUCUCCUCGGUCCAGGAUAAGGCGUAGCCACUGCAGCUCAGAGGACCUGUUUUCUCCGUCCCAUAAACUCUCUCUCUCUCUCUCUCACACACACACACACACACACACACACACACACACACACACCCCCAAGUCCUGGACUCAGCGCUAAGAACAAGCCUUCUCUCCUGGCUAGGGUAUUUUGCCUCUAGACCAGAACAGCAACAGUCCUGUUGAUUUAAAACCACUGCUUCUUCCCUCUAUCCAAGACCCUCACUCAUCAACAACUACCGGUUCCAUCUGACCACCUGCAUGACCUCCGUCUCUCCUUUUCCAUUAGCCAGAUAAGACACCCCAAUGUAACUUUUUCUUAUUGUUAUUUUAAAAAAAUUGCUGCUGCUCUUAUCAGACAUUGUUAUUGACUUACCGUAACGAGUGCAUUCAUUUUUGUACUGGUCCACUCUGGGAAUCUGACCAUAACCCUUGGAAUUGCAAGCACUGUGCUCUUUAUCAACUGAGCCACACGGAACACUGAGCAGUAGCGAGGCAGCCAGUAGGUCAAUGGAUUGAAAAGCAAAGCUCUGUAAACUCAAAUGAUCUGUGAUCCAAAGCUUGCUUUUUUUUAUUGUUAACUGUCAUUUUUUGGUAAACACUCCACGCACAAACACAAAUGUUUAGGUUUUGUUUAUUUAGCCGUGUGUGUGUGUGUUACCAAAGCACAUAUGUUUAUUAACCGCAGUAGUGAUCAUUGUGUUGAUGUUUCAGUUAUGUCGUUAUUCAGUAAGGCACUUGAGGGCUUGAUACAUAACCCAAAAGAACUGCAAUCAGUUUGAAUUACCUUCUGGUAGUGUCUGGGUAAAAUACACCAAGAGUGGGUUCUAUGUCCAAGGUUAGACCACUGAAUUUCAAGUGCAAACUAAACGUUGUUGCUUCAUUCUACUGUUUGCUCUGAGCACAGCAAUAACUUUCCCCUCUUUUCUUGGACCCCUUGGACCCCCUCCCCCAGCGUUCUCCAGGGCUAUCCCCUUUGUGAGUGCUAUGGACAUGAACAUUUGCAACAGCUUUACCUUUUCAGUUGUUCAUCAAUUGUGUGUUUUUAUUUAAUUUUCUAUUAGAAUCCACAUACUCACUCUUGUAAUGGUUUUUGGAAGAGGUGUUGAAUAAGGGAAACAAAAUAUAUUCUGGAUUCACUGUCCCGCAGUUAUGUUCAGUGACAUUAUAGUGACGCUGAGAAACUUCUUUUUUUUCUGUCCUGUGCUGAUGUUGGCAAAAGUGGAAGAUAGUUGGAUGAGGAAAAUCAUGUCAAAUAGGUGAGAAGUAGCACACACGUAUUAUAUAAAUUCAUGGUAUAAGUUACAUUUUGUUCAUAGAGACAAUUCUGGGCAACUAGAUCCAUGGCCUGUAGCUCUGUGGUCCCACUGCAGUACAGAGCAAGAAGGCUGGAACUGAUGACAUGGCCCCUUUGUAUGUAGUAACUACUUUCUCGUACUUAUAGUGCUGAUUUUAUCCAGAGGAGACAGACAGGAC